CAAGAUGGCGGCGAGCGGGCUCCGGCAGGCUGCUUCGGCGGCCCGCACCUCCGUGAAACCCAUCUUCAGCCGGGACAUGAACGAGGCCAAACGGAGGGUGCGCGAGCUCUACCGUGCCUGGUAUCGGGAGGUGCCGAACACAGUGCACUUAUUCCAGCUCGACAUCACCGUGAAACAGGGACGAGACAAAGUCCGAGAAAUGUUCAUGAAGAACACGCACGUCACAGACCCCCGGGUGGUCGAUCUUCUGGUCAUCAAGGGCAAGAUGGAACUGGAGGAAACGAUUCACGUGUGGAAGCAGCGGACACACAUCAUGCGGUUCUUCCAUGAAACAGAAGAGCCAAGGCCAAAGGACUUCCUGUCUAAGUUCCAUGUUGGCCACGACCCCUGAAGUCACUCAGUGGGAGGUGCAUGUGAUAUUUAAUUCUUAGAGCGCAAAUAAAC